AUGUCGGAUAUAUUGUACCAUUUUAAAUCAGCUGUGAGGAUUGGUGAGCUAGAGCGAUAUAUCAUCAUCUAUGAUCUAUACAACAACAGUGAAGCGCCGAGUAAUAUCCAGCUUAAUUCCUUAUGGUUGAAGGUUAAGAAUACAUCUAAUUUAACUUACAGGGCAGCAUAUUUAAUGGGCCCUUAUAUUCUUUACUGUGAUGUUAGAUCAGGCGAAUACCACCAUUCGCAAAAGUUAUAUUCCUCAGCUGAUAUACCGCAGUUUGAUUCUACAAUACAAGCCCAGCAAGAGUUUAUUGCUGAGCUAUCUAUACAUACGUUAAAGAAGCGUUACGUGUGGAUUGUUGAUGUUGUUAGUCAAAUUAUCUUUACAGCAACGACACAAGUCGGAUUUGAAAUCACGAUUGCAACAUCAAAAGAUAUUGUUAUGGGUGAUAUAGAAUCGGAGCCAUGGGCUGGGUCUUUUAGUGAAAAUUUGACUGUGAAUCGCCUUACAGCUUUAGAUCUUUGGAACUUGCCACAGCAGAUUUUUGAUGACUUUUCGAAGCCGAUACACUUAGUUGUGUUAACACAUGGAUUACAUUCUAACGUUGGAGCGGACCUACACUAUUUAAAAGAACAGGUAGAAAAGUGCCAAAAGUACUACCCUAAUGAGAUAUUAGUGGUGAAGGGAUACACCGAGAAUGUUUGUAAGACUGAGAAGGGUAUCAAGUAUUUGGGUAUGAGGCUUGGUGAUUACGUGACUAAUACUAUCUAUAAUCCUCGCACAAGGAAGAUAUCAUUUAUAGGACAUUCUUUAGGUGGUUUGGUCCAAACAUUUGCAAUUGCACAUAUUGCGGUUAAAUAUCCAUGGUUUUUUGAAAAUGUGGAACCUGUUAACUUUAUUACGUUGGCGUCACCACUAUUAGGUAUAGUGACGAAUAAUCCGGUAUACGUGAACAUGUUUCUAUCUAUGGGAAUUGUAGGGAAGACUGGACAGGAUUUGAGAAUGCAGGUUCAUUCUGGAGAUAAAGUGCCGGUUCUCUACGCCUUGCCGGGUGCUGUUACUCGAGGAAUCUUAAAACGCUUUAAAAAGCGUACAGUAUAUGCUAAUGCUACGAAUGAUGGUAUUGUCCCUCUAUACUCAUCAUGCUUGUUGUACUUAGACCAUAAUGACAUUAAGACUAAGCUUAAGAACACGGUAGAAUUUCAGGCUGACAAACAAGAUUUGUUGACGAAAACGUUCGUCAAUCCUUUGGCUAAGGCAAUAAACCUUUUUGCUCCUCAGACUCAUGGAGACUCAGCUAUUCCCAAACUAUCUGUUAUAGACUCUGUCAUGUCAAUAAUUUUACCGCCAUUGCCUGAUAAGAAGUACUUAAUGGAUCCUUCAUCGAAAUCCGAUGUUAUCCUACAUGACCGUAUAUAUACGGAAAAAGACAUUCCAGCGCCUACUGAUCCUGACUUAGAGCAGGUUACCAAUUGGGACUCGAUGUCAUUGAACUUUUCUAACAAUGAGCAAUAUAAACAUAUCGAAGAGGAAUUAGCAAAAAAAUGGCAUCAAGGAUUAACUUGGAGAAAGGUAAUUGUAAACUUGCAACCCGACGCGCACAAUAACAUCAUCGUCCGCAGACGCUUCAUCAACGCAUACGGUUGGCCUGUCAUUGAUCACUUAGUUCAGAAUCACUUUAAUGGCUCAGAUGGUGCCUAUACGGAUGACGUGCAAGAGGAGCUACGGAGCCAUGAUACAGAAGAAGAGGAAAGAUUAUGGAUUAGCCGUCAGCAUGAAGAAACUUUCUUUGAUGUGGGGCCAACUGGUAUGAUUUCUUCUGUAGGGGAGUUCUUUGAGAACAUUAGGAAUACUGCAUUUCAAAGGAAUGCGCGAUCAAGUUCAACUAAUUCUAAUGGGUCUAUCCAAGACGAUAUAUUUAGAAUUCAAAAUGAUUUAUGGUAA